UUCUAAAGCUCCUUCAUUUCCUAAUUUAUUAUGAUGUACUUUGCAUUUAAUGUGAUAAGUAAUGCUCUGUUUCCGGACACUAGUCUCUUCGUCUUGCUCCUGCUGCUGCUGCUGCUGCUGCUUUUAUAGUUUCUCAAAUCUUUAAAGGAUCGCUCGCCUAUUGGGGUUUCCAGUUUCUUCAUCUUCAAGUUCCCUUACAGAGAAGUAGAAUUGCAAUAAUGCUUGAGAAAUGGAUCGUCACUUUUUUGUUUUCAUUUGGCUUAAUGUCGACAACCGCAGCUGGUUCUGCAUUUAUUGGAUUAAACAUCGGCACUCAACUCUCCGGUCUACCUCCGGCACCGGAAAUUGUCAACAUCCUUAAACAAAACCAAAUAACCCAUGUUCGUCUCUUCAAUGCCGAUGCUCACUUGCUCGAAGCCCUUUCCAACACUAGCAUACAAGUCAUAGUUGGUGUCACAAAUGAAGAAGUAUUAGAAAUCGGAGAAUACCCAUCAAAGGCUGCAUCGUGGAUUAAUAAGAACGUCGCCGCUUAUUUUCCGGCGACCAAUAUCACCGCUAUCGCUGUCGGAAGUAAUGUUCUUACGACGAAUCGUAAAGCAGCCUCUGUUUUAGUUUCGGCGAUGAAUAACCUUCACAAUGCUCUCGUUUCUUCGAACUUGAAUAACUUAAUCAAGGUUUCUAGCCCACAAUCUAUGGAUAUAAUCGCCAAAAUGUUUCCACCUUCGAUCGCACAUUUCAAUUCCUCGUUUGACUCGAUUGUUUUUCAGUUACUUCAGUUCCUGAAGAACACGAAUUCGUAUUUCAUGUUGAACGCGUAUCCGUAUUACGGUUUCCUUAAAGGGAACGGGGUUUUUCCGAUAGAGUUCGCGCUUCUCGAACCUCUUCCCCCGGUUAAACAAAUUGUCGAUCCAAACACCCUCUUAAGAUACGACAGCAUGUUCGACACAAUGCUCGACGCCACCUACAAUUCAAUGGCGGUUCUUAACUUUUCGACCAUCCCGAUCCUCGUUACAGAGUCGGGAUGGCCUUCGAUUGGUGGAACCGACGCCACUAAUGAGAAUGCAGCGACGUUUAUUAAGAACUUGGUAUUGCGGGUUCAGAAUGACUCCGGUCCGCCUAGUCGGCCUUCGGUUCCUAUUAACACAUAUGUUUACGAGAUGUUCGACGAGGAAAACAAACGGGAUUGGGGACUUUUUACGACGAAUGGGAGUCGUGUGUAUGCUUUGAGCUUAUCGAAUCCUCAGAAACGAACGGGGAAUAACAAUAACGCAUCUUUUUCAUCGACGUUUUGUGUUGUGAGAAACGGGGCUGAUACGUCGAAGCUGCAGAAGGGGCUGAAUUGGGCGUGCGGGCAAGGUGGUGCAAAUUGUUCGGCUAUACAAAAGGGGGAGGCGUGUUAUAAUCCCGACACGAUAAAUGAUCACGCCUCGUAUAGUUACAAUGAUUAUUAUCAGAAAAUGAUUAGGUUUGGCGGAGAUUGUGAUUUUGACGGGACUGCUAUGUUAACUGUCGUCGAUCCAAGUGAGUAGUAGUUAACGUCGUGUUUUUAUUUUUGUUGUUGAUGGUUAACUUAUUGUUUUGUGUUUUUUCUAUAGGUCAUGGUUCUUGUAUAUUUACGGGAAGGUACACUCUAUAUUUGUUAUCUUUACAAUUUUGGUUUUGUUUUUCUUUUUUUUAAUAAGUCAUUUGUUUUUUUUGUAUAGUUUAAAUUCGAGUUUGAAUUCCGCGGUCUCACCUACAUCGUCAAGACCCAUUAGCCACACGGGAUCAAGUUCAAGCCUUCGGGUUGGGGAGAUUUUGUCGCGAAUUGUGUUGCUAUGUAUCAAUGUGAUUUUGCUUGUUGUUUGAUGAACAAAACAUGGUUACUUUUUAAUUUUAUUUUUGACUUUAAGUAGAUGUGUAGUUAUGGUAGGUUUUAA